UAAAAAACUACAUUCAAAUUAAUUUGAUAUGACCGAAAAGAAAGGAGAGUCUUUGCAAGACUAAAUGAAAAGUCUUUAGGGAGAGAUCAAUAAACUUCAUACUGAAAUUGAUUCAAAAAAGAGGGAAAUAACGAAACUAAAAAAUGACAAUACUUUGAGAUUGGAGAAAAUUAAUUGGAUUUAAGUAAAUUUCUUAAAAUUCAUAGAUAGGAAAAAGUAAGAAAAAUGCAAAGAGAAAAGAAAGUUCUUGAAUUAAAUGAUUAAAGUUUAAGUGUAGGACAUGCUACCUCUAAACAUUCAACUACUACAAAAGAAGUUUAACCUUUGUCAGAGAUAUAGAAACCCCCAUAAUAAGAGAUAUAAUUAGAAAAAAUGCAAAUGCUAGAAUUUUUUAACUAAUAUUUAGAUCAAACUAAUAAAUAGAUGGUUAAGUUUUAAGGUAAUAGAAAGAAAAAUGGAGAAAAAGAUGAAUAUAUUAAUCCCUAUCCUACUAUAAAUAUCAAAUACACUAUAGAAGGUAUAGAAUAAGGUGAAAGUUCAUCAUUUCGUUUAGAUUAAGCUACAACAUUCUAAAAUUUAAAAGAAUUAGCUUUUUACUAUUGGAAUUUGGCUCCAUAUUUAAGAAAAUUUGAUGAAAAAGAUAGUGAAAUUAUGGAUGAUUUAGAGCUAACUGAUGAAAACCAUUCAAGGAUUGAAUUAAAGGAGAAAGUUAUUGAAUUUUUUACUAAUAGAGGAAUCUCCAAUAUUUCUUAAAUUACAUUAUUAUUAUAAAAAAAAAAAACAGUGAGAUCAGCAUUAAAUAGCUUAUAAAUCGACAGCAUCAAAAUAAAUGGUGGAAAUAAAUAAGCUACCUAUUAAGGAGCAUUUGCUGUUCAUAAAAAUAGAAUUAAAGCAAUUGAUACCUAUAAUUUAUUUUUUGAAAAAUUUCCAGGUUUAAAAUAUUAUAUUAGUGAAUUGUAAAUUUAAAAAGAGUUUUCACAAUAAUAAAAAGAACUUGAAAAAGGAAAUGCUGAAAAAGCUUAAGAAUAGAAAUUUGAUUUAGAUGAUAUGAAUUGCUUAAUUUUGAGUUCGAUUGUGGUCAUUUUAAUAUUAACUUUACUUAGCUACACAGCUUAUUUAAGUCCUAAAUUUGUUAAUUUAAAUUUUACAUUUAUUAAUAAUUUAAUUGGAAUAAAUUCAAAUGGAGAAUAUAACAAAAUUACAUCAAUACCUGAAUUGUAUUAUUAUAUGGAAAAUUUUUUGGGAGCAACAAUGUAUAAUUCUGAUAAAGGAGAUAACCCAUUUCGUUCUAAUUAUGAAAUGAUAGGAGGGAUUUAAUUAAGGACUCUAAGAAGUAAUUUAUAUGAAUGCAAAAAAUAUGUUAAUGAAAUUCAAAAAAAUAGUUGUUUUGAUGUUGUGUAUGAUUCCUCUAAGGCAAAUAAAUCAAAUUUCUUAAACUAUUCAUAUUAAACUGCUGAAUAAUUAGGUAUUAAAUACUACCCAAAAGGAAACUUGACUACGUAUACUGAUGGAGGAUAUGUUGUAGAAUUUAAUAGAGAUAUCACAACAGAAGCUUUUUUAGAGAAAAUAAAUGACUUAAGAAAAGAAUAGUUUUUAGAUGCUGCAACAGCUGCAAUAUUUAUUCAUUUUGUAAUUUAUAAUCCUAGCAUAAAUUUAUGGAUAUAGGCAAACUUUUUAUUAGAAAGAAAUGCUUAAAAUAAAUUGACUCCUUAUAGAGCAGAAUUAACAGGCUUUAUUCCUAAUGUAUAUUAUGGUGAUGAUGGUUAACGUUUAUUUUAAAUUGAUAUAACAAAAUUGAUAAUGGCUAGUAUAUUAUUAGCUUUUGUUGCAUAUCGAUUUUAUAAGAUUCAAAUUAAUACAGGAAAAUUAGGACCUGCAUUUUUAUAUGUAACAAUGGAAAUUGGAUUUUUUAAUUGUGGAGUUGGUAUGUUAACAAUUAUUUCUGUUGCAAUGUCAUUGUAAUAGUCACUCUAAGGAAGAGAUCCUUAAGAAUUAGUAAAUUCAUCUGAAUUUGUGGUAAAUGAUAUAAAAUAUUUUAUAGCAUUUGGAAUUAGAGGCAGAUUUAUACAAAAAGGCAGAAUUAUUUCUAACAAUUAGUAUUAUGUUUUUGUUUUUAAGAUUAUCUUAUGUUUUAAAAUUAAAUGACAGAAUAGCAAUAAUCUUUUUAACAUAUAGCAAAAGUUUUAAGGAAUUGUUACCUUUUUUGGCUAUAGAAUUUCCUUUAUUUUUAGGAUUUGUGAUGGUAUUUUAAAUAAUUUAUGGGAAUGUAUUUCCUUAAUAUUCAUCUUUUACUUUAGCAAUUGCAAGUCAAUUAACUAUGGUAAAUUAUUUAAUUAAUCAAUAGAUUUAAGGAUAAUUAAAUAUUACUUAAUUUGUAAACUAUUCUCCAAUAGUUUCAAUGAUAGUAAUUCUAUUUUACUAUUUUUUUAUGUUAUUCUUUAUUAUUUCAUUAUUUUAAGCAAUCUUGAUUGAAUGUUUUAGAAUAGUUAUUAUGAAAAAUGGAUAUCCUUAAGAUAAAGAUCAAGGUCUUUCUAUUGGGGACUUAUUUAGUUGGAUGUUUUCUUGGACUUAACUAUUUAUUAGUAAAAAGAAUACUACUGAAGAAAAAUAAAAUGCCUAAUAGUAAAAUAAGCCUUAAAUAGAUUAAGAAGAGAAAUAGGGAAUAAAUUCUGCUACAGAAAAUUGAAUUAAUUUACGC